GGCUGCGGCCGGGGAUCGGGCUGAACGCCGUGGCUGAGGGCCAGGACCGGGCUUGCUCUGCGGCUGGAAGUUGGGGGUUGUGGUUGGGUCGAAGUUGGAGGCGAAGGCUGCUGCUCCGCAACUAGUUCUGGUUCAAGCCGUGCAACCUUACGGCGAGAUCUUCUACAUAUCACACGCCUCCGCAGCAAUUGUAGCUUGACGGUCCAUUCCGUCACCGCGAACGAACUCUAAGUAAAGCAGGCUGAAAAUCCACAGCGCAAACAUGAAUUCUGACAUGAGCCCGUGCAUGGUUUACUCCAGCUCCCAGUGGAUGGGCACCCAGGGUGAGCAGUGGGGCCACUGCGAGAGCCACUGGGCAGGCGCGAGCUUUCAGCCUGGACAGCAGAGCUUCUCGGUCAACCAGCAGUGGCCUGGCUGUCAGCAGCACUGGGGCUCUGGGGCAGAGGUGCAGGCGUGGCCGCAGCACUGCUGGGCGCAGCCCCAGGGCUUCUCGGUGGGCGCUGGAGGCUGUCAGAUGCUCAACCUGGACCAGUUUUCCGACGCUUCCGACUCCGACGAUGACGAGGCGCAGCCUCGCAAGAAGGAGUGCCCGUCGCCAGUGCUCCGCGCCGCCGAGCCGGCCGAGCCGGCGGCGGAGCCCUCGCCGACGCAGCGCCCGAGCGGCGAGGCCGCCCAGAAGCCGAGCACGGGGCCGUGCGCCGACUGCGCUGCGGACCUCGCCUGCGACAGGACGACCGACGACUCCGCGACCGAGGCCGACGGCUCCGAGUCCGCCGAGCUCUGCUCCCUCAGCGCCGGCGAGCCGGAGCCGGAGUCGGUGGGCGGGCAGGAGGCGCCCCGCCUGGAGCCGGCGCGCGACGUGGCGCCGACGGCGGUCGGUGAGCUCUUGCGCUGGCGCCACGCCGGAGGCGCCGAGUCGCCGCGCGGCAAGGACUGCUUCGCCAGGGGCGCGCUCGUGGCCGCGGAGCCCCCGGCAGGGCGCGGCGAGCUGGAGCCUCCGCCGAGGCCGCCGCCGCAGCAGCCCGCGCGCUGGGGCGCCGCCCGUCGCCCGCGGCCGCAGCCGGCCGCGCAGGAGGGCCUGGCGGUGUCGGAGACCUCGUGGGCCGCGCAGCAGCGGACGCGCCGCGGCGGGGUGCCGGACGGGGACGCCUCGCAGCAGGUGGAGAGAAAGCUUAAGUCCAUCCUGAACAAGCUGACCCUCACCAACUUUGCCUCCCUCUGCCAGCAGCUGCUCGACUGCGGCGCCUGGUGCUCGACCGCGCACCUCGAGCUGCUCAUCGGGGAGCUGUUCGAGAAGGCGACCACCCAGCACCACUUCAUCGACAUGUACGCGGACCUCUGCGUGGUGCUCCACGACCACUUCGCGGCCAAUCCCCCUGUGGGCGCCGACUCGAGCUUCAACUUCAAGCGGCUUCUGCUGAGCGCCUGCCAGGCGUCCUUCGAGCGCCACCUCGCGCCCCCAGAGGGCCUCGACCGGCUCGGCGGCGAAGAGCGGACCGAGGCCGAGUUCCGCUACAAGACGACGAUGUUGGGCAACAUCCGCUUCGUCGGCGCAUUGCUCGUGCGCCGGAUCCUCGCAAGCAAGGUCCUGCUCGCCAUCAUCGCCGAGCUGCUCUCCAGCCCCACGCGCGAGGCGCUGGAGGCCCUGACCGCGCUCCUGGUGGUGGUGGGGCCGAGCUUCGACAGCGACGAGUGGGUGCACAAGGACAAGCUCGACGCGGUCUUCGCGGAGAUGCAGGCCACCGCGGACCGCCCCUCGUGCGAGAAGCGGUCGCGGUGCCUCCUGAAGGACGUGCUGGACAUGCGCAGGCAGGGCUGGAGGGACCGCCGCCCCAAGCAGCUCGAGGCCCCCAAGCCGAAGUAGGCCCCCGUGGUGAGGAACGGCCGGGGCCUGCGAUGGCUCGCAGUCUCCCGGGCCAGAGGCUCCUGGCCCGGCCCCGGGAGCAACAUGAGCGAGCCGAGGGCCCCGCGCGGAAGGCCUUGACGGGGGCGGGCCCCCGUGGCCUCUCGACUUGCUGCCAGGCGCGGGCUGACACUGACACCGCGCGCUGGGCCGCCAUCGCCGGAGGGCUGGGCGCGCACACCGGGCACAUGAGGCCCCGCUCGCAGCGGGGGCGCCUGGGCGCGCGCCGGCCGCCAUCGCGUGCGGAGGCCAUGAGGCCUGGCUGGAGCCUGGCCGAUGAGCCCGCACGCUGAGCGCUCCGGCUUUGUACUUAUAUCCAGCUGCGCUGCCCCAGCCGCCGAGCACACCGAUCGGACGCGAGAGCUCCCGUUUCCAUCUCGCGGCCAGCACCAGACUGUCGUCGGCAGAUGUGCAGUGCGUGCUUCGCUUUGUGCCUCCGGGGUGAUCGAAGUCGGGUGGCGUUCCACCCCGAUGCACGCCUCUGCGUGCGGCGGUGGACCAAACUUGUCAUGUCUCUGUCGUUUUUCGUUUCGCUGUUCCUCUCGCUCUCCCUUUCUCUCUGUCUCUCAUGUUUCUCUCUCUCUCU